AUGGCUGAUAUCACUGUCGACACUGCAUCCCGCUCCAAUCCUUACGAAAUCGCGACUGAACACGUCACGUUUGAUUGGACGGCUGACUUCGACGCGAAGGUCAUCCGCGGUUCCGCCCUACACGACUUGAAAGUCAAGAAAGACGGUGUCAAGGAAAUCAUCUUCGACACAGCAGAUCUUUACAUCAGCUCUAUUCUGUUGGAUGGAAAGCCCACUCAGUAUGAACUCAAGCCAAAGGAUCCUGUUACGGGUUCGGCUUUGCACAUCCCUCUGCCCGCUGGUCUGAAGGAAGGGGAAUCGGUCAAAGUGAAGGUUGAAUAUAAGACGACAGAGGAGGGCACUGCACUUCAGUGGUUGGACAAAGAGCAGACACAGGGCAAGAAGUUCCCGUACUUGUUCAGCCAGUGCCAGCCAAUCUAUGCGCGUGCUCUUGCUCCCGUUCAAGAUACUCCUUCCAAUAAAAUCAAAUAUUCUGCUAAAGUGACCUCCGUCCUUCCCGUUCUCUUAUCAGCCCGACGAGUCUCGCCUCCUGCCGACGGUCCUGCACAUGAUGGAAAAGUUAUCGGAGAAGACGUUGUGACCUACACGUACGAUCAGCCUGUCCCAAUUCCCUCGUACCUUAUCGCCAUCGCAGCUGGCAAUGUAUGCUAUCGGCCUUUCUCGAAACCCAAGGAUAAGCAGUGGACGAGCGGGAUAUGGGCAGAGCCGGAGCUCAUUGAAGCUUCGUACUGGGAAUUCUCUGAAGAUACUACUAGAUUCCUGGCAGCAGAGGAGGCUAUCGUGACGAACUACAAGUUCGGUGUUUAUGAUCUUCUCGUCCUGCCGCCCUCGUUCCCCUACGGUGGGAUGGAAAACGCUUGCAUCUCUUUUUUGACUCCUACAUUGCUCGCGGGUGAUCGAACUCUCGUUGAUGUCGUCGUCCACGAAUUGACGCAUUCUUGGUUCGGUAACGGAGUAACCCACGCAAACCCUUCUCACUUCUGGCUCAAUGAGGGCUGGACAACAUAUAUCGAGCGGGUUCUUCAACAGGUUCUCCACUCGCCUGCUGAACGGGGUUUCUCCUUUGUCAUCGGAUCCAAGGCUCUUUACGACUCUCUGAAGCAAUACGAAGAUCGACCCAAAUACCAGAGGCUGGUCAUCCGUUUCGAGGAGGGUGAAGACCCAGAUGAUGCAUAUUCGAGCAUCCCUUAUGAGAAGGGUGCUAACUUCCUCCUGCAUCUUGAGAGAACUCUGGGAGGCCUCGAUGUCUUUCUUCCGUACGUCAAGGACUAUGUGGAAACUUUCAUGGGCAAGAGUAUAACAACUGCAGAAUGGAAAAAUCAUCUUUACGGCUACUGGACGAAGCAUGGCGGCCCCGAUAAGAUCAAGGCACUCGAUAGCGUUGCUUGGGAUGCAUGGCUUUAUGGUGAAGGUAUUGAGCUGCCAGUCAAAAUGGAGUACGACAUUAGGCUAGCCGAGAAAGCAUAUGAUCUUGCCCUGAGGUGGGAUGGUGCUCGUACACUCGAUGCUUCGCACCUCAAUUUCAAAGAAACGGACCUUGAGGGCUUCAACUCAAACCAAAUUGUUGUCUUCCUUGAGAAGCUUCAAUCUUACCCUCCUCUUCCUUCCAACCUAGUCCUCCAUCUCGGAAAGCUCUACAAACUCGCAAACUCACCAAAUGCUGAAAUCCGUCUCCGGUAUUAUGAGGUUGCUCUCACUGAUUCAUCUUCAGCUGCUGCCAAACAGCUCGCUGUGGAGGCGGUGAAGUGGGUCACAGGGGAUGAUGGGACAGGUGUAGUUAAAGGGCGCAUGAAGUUCUGCAGACCGGUUUUGCGAGCAGUCUCAAAGGUGGAUGGAAAACUUGCAAGGAGUUAUUGGGAAAGAGCAAAGGCUGGAUUCCACCCAAUUGCACAGAAGCUCAUUGAGAAGGACAUUAGCAUUGCCCUAGGAAAGUAG